AUGAACGCUAUUUCAUACCUUACAAAUAACAUUUUGCCGCCCAAGCAUGAGGAAUCGACGGCCACCCCGCAUCGUGUGGAAGACAGUGAGAAAGCAAAUGCGAGAAUAGACGUGGCACCAAAGGAGGCGCAGAAAAGAAAACGUGCGCGCUGGACGCUACUGUGGUCGAUGCUUGCUUUUCUUCCCAACCUGAUAGUGGUCAAACCUGUGCUGUUUGUGUGGUUUGUGAUCACAUUCCCCCUGAGUUUGAUUGAGCGCGCCAGCUCUUCCGAGAAUCAAGGAAUGGGCUUCGACAACGCAGAGGGUGAUUCUAAAUCAGAGGCGUCUGCAGGGACCAUCAGUCCGAAAAACUCGUCCCGCAUUAGCACCAUUACUGAGGAAGAGGAUGACCUCGCCGGAGAAGAAAUGAUUUUGCAGGCAGAUACUGUCAAAGGCUCACUGACAGUUACUAGCGGUGCCAAAGAGCGCCCCCAAGACAAGGGUCGGCGCCAGCCGCUACAACCGCAACAGCAACAGCCCAAGACAUCGCGGCAGUCAUUGAAGACGAGCAGCGUACGGUCGGGCGCCAGCAGCAGCGCAGGGACUGCACUUGGGUCCCGCCGCAUGGGACGUUUUUUGUUCCCAAAGAAGCUGAUACCACAGUCGGUGCUCAAUCGGCGCAAGCGCCGCACGCUGGUGUUGGACCUCGAUGAAACGCUUAUUCACUCUAUGUCACGUGGAACGUCGUCCAGCAAUUCGUCUCAGGGCCACAUGGUCGAGGUAAAGUUCGCUACCAGUGGCAUCUCUACGCUUUACCACGUGCAUAAGCGGCCCUAUUGCGACCUCUUCCUAACCAAGAUAGCCAAGUGGUAUGAAUUGGUGGUUUUCACAGCAUCUAUGAAGGAAUACGCAGACCCAGUAAUCGACUGGCUUGAGAGCUCUUUCCCAGGCAAGUUUUCUCGCCGCCUUUACCGCCAAGAUUGCAUAUUGCGAGAUGGUGUGGGCUACAUUAAAGACCUUUCCGUUGUAGUGCCUAACGCAUCGCUCAGCGACAUAUUCAUUAUCGAUAACAGCCCGGUAAGUUACGCUAUGCAUGUGGACAACGCGAUACAGGUCGAAGGCUGGAUAAGUGAUCCGACGGACACAGAUCUGCUUAAUUUACUCCCGCUACUGGAGGCCUUGCGCUUUACUACCGAUAUACGAAACGUGCUGGCUCUCAAAAGUGGUGAGCACGCCUUCACCAACGUAUAG